GGGUCAUGUGCGCAAUAUUGGCUAACUGAUUGGCUGUGAAGUGACGAUUGCGCGGAAGCUGUAUCGGUGGAAUCGAAGUCAACCUAAGUAAAGGUGAAAAUAGUUUGCCCAAAUGCGGCAAUAAUAUCGAAAUUUGCUGCUAGCUGCCUGCUGUCAAGAUGUUGCUACGAGUCCAGCAAGUUCGAUUUCUGGCUGACAACUUUGGAUCUCAACUCAACAAAUUUUCUGUCCGAGCUUCAAGAGGUUUGAAACCAAACAGUCGUCAGUAUUGUCAAAAGGCAGAGAAGGAACUCCCGAAAGUUACUGGAACCCCUUACAGCAAUAUCACCAUUGGUAUCGCCAAGGAAUCUUUCCCAAAUGAGAAGAGGGUUGCCGCAGUUCCAGCCGUGGUACAGGUCUUGACAAAGAAAGGUUUCAAUGUUAAUGUAGAAGAGAAUGCUGGUAUAGAAGCCAAGUUCAAGAAUGAUGAUUACGCGGCAGCAGGGGCCAACAUCAAAAACACCCAAGAUUUAUAUAAAUCUGACAUUUUGUUGAAAGUUCGUGGACCAAGUCUGGCAGAAGUGGAUCAGUUUAAAAAUGGCGGAACACUCAUCAGCUUCCUGUACCCCGCCCAAAACAAAGAUCUGGUUGAUAAAUUGGCCACCAAGAAUUUGACCGUGUUUGCGAUGGACUGUAUUCCUCGAAUCAGCCGAGCUCAGGUUUUUGAUGCAUUGAGCUCUAUGGCCAAUAUCGCUGGUUAUAAGGCAGUUAUUGAAGCAGCAAACAACUUUCCACGGUUCUUUGCAGGUCAAAUUACUGCUGCAGGUAAAGUUCAACCAGCAAAAGUUCUGGUUAUUGGUGGAGGUGUGGCUGGUUUAUCGGCCAUUGGUACAGCUAAAAAUCUGGGAGCCAUUGUCCGUGGUUUUGAUACUCGUGCAGCUGUCAAAGAGCAAGUAGAAUCAUUUGGCGCCGAGUUUCUGGAAGUCAAUAUAAAGGAAUCUGGUGAAGGUACUGGUGGUUAUGCUAAAACUAUGUCCAAAGAAUUUAUUGAAGCAGAAAUGGCCUUGUUUGCUAAACAAUGUAAAGAAAUCGAUAUCUUAUUAACUACAGCUCUUAUCCCAGGAAAACCUGCUCCAAAACUGAUCUCAAAGGCAAUGAUUGAAUCCAUGAAACCUGGAUCAGUUGUGGUGGAUCUGGCCUCGGAAGCUGGUGGAAAUAUUGAAACAACUAAACCAGGAGAACUCUAUCGCUAUAACGACGUCGUCCAUAUUGGUUAUACAGAUUUCCCUAGUCGUCUACCAACCCAAUCUAGUUCCUUAUAUGGAAAUAAUAUUUCUAAAUUUCUUUUGUCUAUAGGUGAAAAAGAACAUUAUAAUGUGAAUUUAGAAGAUGAGGUUGUAAGAGGAUCCAUUAUCUUGCAUGAGGGUAAAUUGAUGUGGCCCCCACCAGCACCUAAAGUUGACCCGGCAGUCGCCGCAGCUGCUGCUGCAGCUCCUGCACCUGUAGAGAAAGUACCCCCACCCCCACCUAACUAUUUUAACAUCACUUUAAAAGAUUCUUUAGUGUAUACAACAGGGUUUGGUACUGCUUUAGGUUUGGGUAUUGCCUCACCUAAUGCUGCCUUCACUACCAUGGUUACUACUUUUGGUUUAUCAGGAAUUGUAGGUUAUCACACCGUCUGGGGUGUCACACCAGCUCUUCACUCCCCACUAAUGUCUGUCACUAACGCCAUUUCUGGUAUAACUGCCGCAGGUGGUUUGUUAUUGAUGGGUGGUGGAUAUUACCCAUCAAACACCAUUCAUACGUUAGCUGCCUUGGCUGCAUUCAUCUCUUCUAUCAAUAUUGGUGGAGGCUUUGUCGUCACACAAAGAAUGUUGGACAUGUUCAAAAGACCUGAUGAUCCACCAGAGUAUAAUUAUUUAUAUGCUUUACCAGCGGCUUUAUUUCUGGGUGGUUAUGGUUACCUAGGUAACACUGGUAACUAUCCUGAUAUACAUCAGAUGGUUUAUCUUGCUGCCGGUUUAUCAUGUGUCGGAGCUUUAACAGGUCUCUCAUCCCAGAAAACAGCCAGAAUCGGUAAUGUGUUGGGUAUGAUUGGUGUAACAUCUGGUAUAGCAGCAACUCUAGGAAUCAUAAAACCUAAUCUAGAUACAUUGGUACAAAUGUCUGCGUGUAUGGGUCUGGGUGGUUUAAUAGGUGCUGUAGCUGCUAAACGAAUUGAAGUAACAGAUUUACCACAGAUGGUAGCCUUAUUUCACAGUUUGGUCGGAGCAGCUGCCGUAUUGACAUGUUUCGCAAAUCAUCUUCUAGAACAACCACAUUUCUUAACGGACCCCGCUAGUAACGUGAUUAAAUCUUUCCUCUUCGCUGGAACAUUUAUUGGUGGUGUCACAUUCACUGGUUCUCUUAUUGCUUUCGGUAAAUUACAAGGUGUCCUGAAAUCUGAUCCUCUUUUGUUACCCGGUAGAAAUAUUCUCAAUGCAUCUAUGAUGGCAUCGAAUGUUGCAGCAUUUGGUACCUAUAUGUACAGUGAUGAACCUAACACUUUACUCACUAUGUUGGGUAUUACUACAGCUAUGUCCAGUGUUAUGGGUGUAACUUUAACAGCAGCUAUUGGAGGUGCUGACAUGCCAGUAGUAAUUACCGUACUAAACAGUUAUUCUGGUUGGGCAUUAUGUGCUGAAGGUUUUAUGUUAGAUAAUAAUCUGAUGACUAUCGUCGGAGCUUUGAUUGGUUCUUCUGGUGCCAUUCUAUCAUACAUCAUGUGUAAGGCUAUGAACCGAUCUCUUCCUAAUGUUAUAUUGGGAGGAUACGGAACAAGUUCUACCGGAACAGGAAAACCCAUGGAGAUUACCGGAACUCAUACCGAGGUGAAUGUUGAUCAAGCUGUAGAGAUGAUCGAUGAGGCUAAGAAUAUUAUUAUUGUGCCAGGUUAUGGUUUAUGUGUAGCUAAAGCCCAGUAUCCUAUAGCCGAGAUGGUCAGUACAUUAAGAAAGAAAGGACAUAAUGUUAGAUUUGGUAUUCAUCCUGUAGCAGGUCGUAUGCCUGGUCAGUUAAAUGUAUUAUUAGCUGAAGCUGGUGUACCAUAUGAUAUAGUACAAGAAAUGGAUGAAUUAAAUGAUGAUUUCCCACAAACUGAUCUGGCUCUUGUUAUUGGUGCCAACGAUACAGUUAAUUCAGCAGCAGAAGAAGAUCCAAAUUCCAUCAUUGCUGGUAUGCCAGUUCUACGAGUCUGGUUAGCAAAACAGGUAAUUGUAAUGAAGAGGACAUUAGGUGUAGGAUAUGCUGCCGUAGACAAUCCUAUCUUCUUUAAAGAGAACAGUGCUAUGUUGCUAGGUGAUGCCAAGAAAACAUGUGAUGCUUUAUUGACUAAAAUCAAGUCUGCAGAGGCUGAUUAAUAAAUUGACAAUAUUAGGAACUUUAUACAUAUUGGUAUUUUUUAGUGUAUGCAAGUGCUGAGAGUGAAUUUAAGAUUAGAAAUUUGUUAAAAUCUUUGUUCAAAAUUGGUUUCUGGCUGUUUGUUUUCAUGUAGUAACUAAGUUCUAUGAAAUAAAUCUGAAAUUUCUGAUUUUAAUUGUCUAACAAAUGAACUCAGACAAUCUAUUGUACAAGAAUACGCAUAUAAUUCAGAGUGAGUAUUGUUCUCCAAAUCAAUAUUCAAGACUUUCUCAGCUCUGAGACAAUGAAAAGCGAGAAAUAAGAUUUGAUUGUGGAUGAAGUAAGACCCUUAUAAUUUUGAAAUAGGCAGUGUUUAUUCUAAAUAAUAUUCAAGACAUUUGUAGUUCUGAGACAUUUAAUAACAAGAAACCUUAUUUGAAUGUCGAUGAGACAAAGAAUGAACCAAGUUCAACCGAAACUAUGGUCAGAAACUGAUUUUAAACAUCAAAUCUAGUUGUUAGUUAUAAUAAAACAACAGGAUUGUAUAUUUUGUAUUUGUAUAAAUAGAGAAAUUAUGAAAAUAUAAAUUAUGCAUCUGAUUACUGUGAAAUUUAUUUAUAACAAUUUUAUAAAAAGCUCAAAUCAUAAUAAUAAUCUUGAUUUGUAUUUCCUAAACUUACUGAAGAAAGAACUUAAUUUAUGGCUGGAACCAAAAUAAUGCUAGAAAUUUUGUUAAAGUUUUUUUGAUGGAAAAUUGUACAAUUUUGUAAUUGUUAAUAGUGCUAUGACAAUAUGCCAAAUGAAUCGGACAAUAAAAAAGUGCUACAUUAUUUGAGACAAAGUUUCAAUAAGUUAUUCUAUUAGAUAGUAAUAAGUCUUCUAAAGAUGAAAGGAAGAUCUGAGUCAUGUGACAGUCAUGUGAUAUUUGUUCUAUUAAUAGUUAUGACAUCAUACUAUGGUUUGUAAAGUUACAUAUAGAAGAACUAUUUUAUAGUCUGUGUGAUAAUACAGUAAUAAACCAUAGACAAUAUAA